AUGCCGGUCCCCCGUGGCUUUUACAACCCCUGGCCCAAAGCCAUAAAGAGAUAUGGCUCGCCAUCCAUGUACAUAUUCUUGCUGCUCCUGUCCCUGCUGCCGACCCUCGUCUUCUUCUUCGGCUCCAUCGUGUCCCUGGCGCAGCUGAUCCGGCGACGCACGUGGUAUCUCUCGGGCGUCGUCGUCGCCGGACCGCUGAUCGCGUGGGGCCUGGUCUUCCUCCAGAGCCUGCAGGUGGACAAGGACCCCUGGAUCAGGGACCGGGCCAAAGUCCCCAGCGUCUCCUUCAUCGACAUCGGCACCACCCUCCUCGCCCACUCCCUCUCCUCCACCCUCACCCGCCUCGCCUGGUCCGUCCUCCCCGAUCCCGCCGGCGCCGCCACCCGGUCCACCACCACCCCAUCCCUCCCGGACGUCGACGGCCCCAACCGCGACCGCCGCAAGGUGCUCCGCGACCGCCGCGUAGGCUACUACUUGCUCGUCCCGCACGCUUUCAUCGGCGUCGCUGCUACCUGUUCGUGGACGCCGUGGAUGGCGCGUUUGACGCCGUUUGCGCAGUUGCCGUUUUGCGCGUACUUUGCGUUUGUGGCGUGGGAGUAUCGGCGGCAGGCGAGGGAGGAGUGGGGGAUGGGUGAGGAGGAGGAUGAAGAGGAGGAGGAAGAGGGGGAGGAGGGGAGGAGGGUGAAGUGGCCGGGGAGGUUGUUUGAUGGGUUGGUUGUUGCGGCGGGGGGGUUGACGGUCCGAUCCAUCCUGGGAAUCAUCGCGGUGGCCUUCGACAUCUACACGAAAGCGGCUCGGCACCCCGUCGGGCUGAUAUGGGCGAUCGUCUGCGAUGACAUCGUCAUCUUCUGUGGGUUCUCCCUGCUUCGAACGGUCGAUUUCUCGCGUUUUGUACUGACAGAUGUUGCUCGGCCAUAG